UAAAUUGAAUAAGAUUGAGAUUCACUCUUGUCCAAAGCACAGUUUCAGUUUUGUUUACAUUUUUAACUCUUUAUUUGCGUGUUGCUUAGACAUCGACAUCUUUAAUAUGGCUAAUCGUGGUGCUGCUUAUGGGAUUGCUGCUCAAGUCCAAUGUAAAUUAACAAAUAAACGAGACAUUGAAUUGGAAAAUGAGAUUCUGCUUUGGAUGUCUGAAAUAAUCGGUGAACCAUUGCCAAGAGGUGAACUCGGUGAUGUACUUCGUAAUGGAGUUUACCUUUGCAAACUAAUGAACCGUUUGGACCCAAGCACAUGUACAAAAAUCAACAACACCAAUGCUCCAUUCAAAAUAAUGGAAAAUAUUGACCAUUUUCUCAGAGCUGCUCGUAAAUAUGGAGUUUCUGAGAUUGACCUUUUCCAAUCGGUUGAUUUAGUUGAGAAACGUAAUAUUCCUGGUGUAGUUCAGUGUCUUAUGGCAAUUGGUCGAUGUGGUUAUCUUCAUCCCGAGUUCCGUGGACCUUACCUUGGACCUAAACCUGCUGAAGAGUCAAAAAGAGAUUUUAGUGAAGAAACGUUGAUUAAAGGUAAAACAGUGAUUAACCUACAAUAUGGAACCAACAAAGGAGCCAACCAACAAGGCCUCAAUUUUGGUAACUUUAGACACAUGUAAUGGUUAAGGGUUUACAAUCUUAAUGACAAGACAUCUUUAAUUGUGUUGAUUUCAAUCAUCUAAAUUUACUUCACUUUAUGUAAAUAUUGUCUGGUUAAGUCAAACUCUCAAGCCUUUUCAAAGUUUACAAUGUUACCAAAGAAAGGGUAAAAAUAAUAAAUUGUAUUCUCUACAUAAAAUGCUGACAUUUAAUACCAAUAAAUGUUUUCAAGUGUAAUUUGAAUUGUGAAUAUAAUUGUAUCUUUAAAGUCUGGUUAUCAAUAAACUGGCAUUUUGCUUUUCAACUAUUA